UUGGAAAAGAAGUAAAAAAUCUCGUGUUUUUUUUUGUUUUUUUUCCUUCCUUCAUUUGAAUUAAAUAAUCUACUUCAUCAUUCUCCUCAUCUUCCCCCUUUGAGCAACAAAGGAAGGAGAAGAUCUCUUUGUAAUCAACCGAUCGAGAAGGCAAUAGGACGUCAGGGAUGAACGGGACUCAGCGUCACCAUCUUCUUCAGCUGGUCUUAACGUGCCGUAAGAUCACAGCGCAAGUGACUCAACCAGGAUCCUCAACGAUCGUAGCCAUGGCUUCAUCCUCCGAACAAGAGUUCCUUGCCAAAAUCCGUGCCAAUCUCUACCGCUUCCCUCAUUCCAACAAUUUCUGGGACUCAAAGACCGCCUCACGCGUCGGCGAGAAGCUUGGCCUCCGUCUAAAGGAUCUUGGCGUCGACGCAGUCUCCAUUAACGCCGACGAAGAGAUCUCGCGACCCAUUCACCAUCGCAAAAGGGUUCUUCCAUUGUUUGGUUCCGUCCGUCGUACCGGUAUCAGAGUCGACGGCACUGAGCUAUUGAACGAUUUUGGUGUCCCUCUUAAUAAACCCAGAAAUUAGGGUUACCAACCAAUUUGGGGAUUUUUUGUUUCUUUUUGUUUUGUUCGUACAGUUUCUUGUACUAUUAGUGAGAGAUUUUACAGGAACUCAUUUGAUUACUUUCCCAAAAGUUAAAGAGCUUUUGGUUCCUUUCAUCAUUUUUGUAUCAUCAAUGUCCA